AUGGAGAAAUGGAAUCAGACCUCAAGUGAUUUCACUUUGUUAGGAUUGUUUCCACAGAAUCAAAUAGGCCUUCUGCUUUUGCUGAUUAUCAUCUUCAUGUUUUCUGUAGCGUUGCUUGGCAACUCAUCAAUGAUCCACCUCAUUCGUGUGGAUCCCAGGCUCCAUACCCCCAUGUACUUUCUCCUCAGUCAGCUCUCUCUCAUGGAUCUGAUUCAUAUUUCUACCACUGUUCCCAAGAUGGCAUUCAACUUCCUCUCUGGCCAGAAAGGCAUUACUUUUCUGGGCUGUGGAGUUCAAGCAUUUUUCUUUAUUGCUAUGGCAGGUUGUGAGGGUUUGCUCUUGGCCUCUAUGGCCUAUGACCGUUUUGUGGCUAUCUGUCACCCUCUUCAUUAUCCUAUCCGCAUGAGCAAAAUGAUGUGCCUGAAGAUGAUCAUAGGAUCCUGGACACUGGGCUCCAUUAACUCAAUGGCGCAUACAGUCUAUGCCCUUCACAUUCCUUACUGUCAUUCUAGGUCCAUUAACCAUUUCUUCUGUGAUGUCCCAGCCAUGCUUCCCCUGGCCUGUAUGGACACUUGGGUGUAUGAGUACAUGGUGUUUGUCAGCACAAGCCUGUUUCUCCUACUUCCUUUCCUUGGCAUCACAGCUUCCUAUGGACGGGUUCUUUUUGCUGUCUUCCAUAUGCGCUCAACAGAGGGAAAGAAAAAGGCCUUCACCACGUGUUCAACUCACUUAACUGUGGUGACAUUUUACUAUGCACCUUUUGUCUACACUUAUCUUCGACCUAGAAGUCUCCGUUCUCCCACAGAAGAUAAGAUUCUGGCUGUCUUCUACACCAUUCUCACCCCCAUGCUCAACCCCAUCAUCUACAGCCUGAGGAAUAAGGAGGUUCUCAGGGCUAUGACAAGGGUCUUUGGGACAUUCUAUUCCACUAAACAUUGA